UGAGCAGAGUGCGUGUGCCCUGAGAAGUGAGUGCGGGUCGAGUAGCUGAAACGGGGGGACCGGGCUUCUAGUGCCUGUCUGUCUGCGUCACACGAAAAUGCACUCGGAUGCUGUCAAUUUUCAACUGAACUCUCAUCUAUCAACACUGGCAAAUAUUCACAAGAUAUACCACACACUCAACCGGCUGAAUUUGACAGAAGACGUGGGUCAAGACGAUCACCAGACAGGAAGUCUGCGUUCCUGCAGCACCUCAGACUGCUUUACUAAAACUAUGCCCCCACGAAAAAAGAGGAGACCUGCUGCUGGCGAUGACCUCUUGGCUAAGAAAAGUAGACAUGAAGGAAUGUAUAAGAAAUACGACUCUUCCAGAAUAAGAGCAGAGGACGAAGCUUUUUCAAGCAAGAGGUGCCUGGAGUGGUUUUAUGAAUACGCAGGAACUGACGACAUAGUAGGUCCAGAUGGCAUGGAGAAAUUUUGUGAAGAUAUUGGUGUAGAGCCUGAAAAUGUAGUAAUGCUUGUUCUAGCUUGGAAACUGGACGCACAGAAUAUGGGCUACUUUACAUUACAAGAAUGGUUAAAAGGAAUGACUUCCCUACAAUGUGACGCCACUGAGAAACUUAGGAAUACUUUGGAUUACUUGAGAUCUUUAUUAAAUGAGCCAGCCAAUUUUAAACUUAUUUAUAGAUAUGCUUUUGAUUUUGCACGGGAGAAAGAUCAGCGAAGCCUAGAUAUGAAUACGGCAAAAUGUAUGUUAGGACUUUUAUUAGGAAAAACGUGGCCUCUGUUUCCAGUGUUCAAUCAGUUUCUAGAGCAAUCAAAAUACAAAGUAAUUAACAAGGACCAAUGGUGCAAUGUUCUAGAGUUCAGCCGCACAAUUAACCUCGACCUCAGCAAUUAUGACGAGGAUGGGGCUUGGCCAGUAUUGUUGGAUGAGUUUGUGGAGUGGUAUAAAGAAAAGCAGACGGCAUAACAGAUCCACUAUGCAUUGCAGCAGAAGAGUCAUUGUCAACACACUUGCGUCAACCAUUAGCCAUAAAUUGCUGUUUGUAUGAAAUGCAUGUUGCUUAUUUGCACAGUAUAUCCCUCCUGCCGGGUCCCCCCCCCCCGUUGUGUUAGCUGUUCAACAGGCCUGGCUUUAUGUGUAGCACUGUUCUCUUUACAGGCUGCUUUGCAUUUCGUAUUUACACUACAGAUUGGUGAAAUAUGCCAACGUCCUCACUGUGAUUCUGUGUAUAUUGCUGUUAAUUUCUUUUCUUCUUUUUUUUGUAUAUGCCUGUACAUAAAUGCUUAUCUUAAACAUUUUUGGUUGCUCACAUGCGUUCUCCCAUCUUGGUUACAGUUUUAGUUCCUUUAGUUUCCUUUAAUGAACAAAAUUGUUAAAACAAAUGGUAGUUUAGUUGUAAGGGAUACCUGCUCAGCCUUUUCAGUUAGAAACCACUUCCACCAAUAAUUCACGGUAUGUAGAAGUCCUUGAAUUUUUUUUUCCAUGUUGUUUUAAGCAAAUAUACCUAUACGUGUUUUAAACCUAUAGAACUGUAAAGAAGUGGCUGAACGGAAUAAGCAGGCUGGAUGUUGCACAGCUACAUGAGGCAGGGAAUGUCCCGCUGCUUAAUUGGCCACAUUUUGUGAGAAAGCGGUGUGACGGCGCCUGUAGGGCAAGUCCACAUGGAGCUUUUGCUGGGCGGCUGAUACACAACUACAUUGUGGCCUAAAACGGUCUGACGGGCAUUUUUGCAACUAAAACUGUUAACCACAAAAUUGUGCGGCCAUUAAAAAGUGUACAAUUUGCAGUAAAACUGCAGUUGUUGUGUACAUUGCAGCUGCUAUGUGUGGUCUUAUUCUUGUAGACGCCAUAUUGUCGCUGAGCUCUGACAGUAUGUCUCAUAAGGAGGGUCACUUUUUGAGUCUUACUUUUGAAACCCCUGGGGAGCAAAAUUAUUGCUAAGAAAAGAUGCAGUUGGCCAUACAUGUCCACUGCAGAAGGAAUGUAGUGGUGCGUGCUGGCCGUUCACGUGGUUGACUAUAUAAUACUAUAAACAGGCUGGGUUCGCCUAAUUUGCUCUGGCUCGUAGGAAAAUGACCCCCCCUCCAUGAUGUCCAUAUGCCUUUGUUUCCAUUUUGUAAGACUAGAUGAUUUAAAGAAUCUUUUACAGCUUGACAGGUGGGAAUAAAUUAAAGAUUUAUA